CCAUACACAAAAAGGGAGGAUGAGUACGUAGAGAAAAACCUGCCAAAGUGCACUACAAAUACACUGUACAGUGGUACUGCCCUCCUCAGGCUAAAAAAUGAUAAAUGAGCUACUAAAAGAGUAAGAGCGGGGACUAAGUUAGUUUGGCGUUUCUCCGACACCAGAUCUUGUAUGAUUCCUGGAUCACUAGGUAGCUGACGCGAGUCAGAAACUGCGUAAGGACCCGCUUACCGAUGUUGAGUUCAUGCUUGAGAUGUAAAAAGCCGACCUGGUCAACAAUCCCUCUCGAUCCCACUUGGAGGGUAAUCAGGCGACCACUGUACCCAGCUGAUCUGGCCCUUGCCAUCAUAUCUUCAUACUUCAGCUCUUUACGCUCUGCUGCAUGGUGGAAGGAGGUCUCGAAGCAUAUAGUGAGCUCGAUGAGCACAAUCCUCCGCAGUGAGUCAUCCCACCAUACGAUGUCCGGGCGUAGAUCAGUGGCCACAAUAUGCUGAGGAAAUGUGUAGGAUCCCAGGUGGGGAAAUAUGGGCUG